AUGGCAGUAAACGGCAAAGAUUUAAACGAUGUAGUUCCACCUUCGUCUUUGAUACGUCGCGUAAGUUCACGAUCAAUAAGAAAUUCUAUAUCUGAGGAUAAAGAAAAUGGAGAUAUAUCAAAAUCGUUUGUAAGUAAAUAUAAGAAAGCUCCAGAAGCUUUGAAAAGCUUUCACAAUGACGAUAGCGAAUUGGAAGUGCCCGGAACACCCAUGACACCAAGGACGUCCACUACACCUGGUCAUGAAAACUGUACAUUCCACCAUGACUUGGAGUUGGACCACAGACCACCAACCAGAGAGGCGUUGCUCCCUGACAUGGCUAACUCAUACAGACUACUACUAACAGGCUUAGGCGAAGAUCCUGAGAGACAAGGACUUUUAAAGACUCCAGAACGUGCCGCCAAAGCCAUGUUAUUCUUUACCAAAGGAUACGACCAGAGUUUAGAGGAGGUCCUAAACAACGCGAUAUUUGAUGAAGACACUGAUGAAAUGGUGGUAGUAAAAGAUAUAGAAAUGUUCUCUAUGUGCGAGCACCAUCUUGUACCUUUCUAUGGGAAAGUGUCUAUCGGAUACUUACCACAAGGAAAAAUCCUGGGACUUAGCAAAUUGGCUCGAAUCGUAGAAAUCUACUCCCGUCGCCUUCAAGUACAGGAGCGUUUAACAAAACAGAUAGCCGUGGCCGUCACUCAGGCGGUCAGACCCGCGGGAGUUGCUGUCGUCAUUGAGGGAGUACACAUGUGUAUGGUGAUGAGAGGAGUCCAGAAAAUAAACAGCAAGACUGUUACUUCCACAAUGUUAGGAGUAUUCCGCGACGAUCCCAAGACCAGGGAAGAGUUUCUUAAUCUCGUCCAUUCAAAG